UUUCUAGGGACCCGGAGCCGGGGCGGGCCACCGCCAGGAAGUGACGACAGAACUGGGCGGCUCACCGGAAGUAGCCUGGGAAAGGUCACGGAGACAGAAUGGAGCCGGAGAUUCGCAACCUGCGGGACUUCCUGUUGGUAUAUAACAAAAUGACAGAAACCUGCUUCAACAAGUGUGUGACCAACCUCAACUACAGGAGCAUCACAUUGACUGAGGAGAAUUGCAUCAACAAUUGUGCUGGUAAAUUAAUCCACACCAACCAUCGGUUAAUGAGUUCCUAUGUCCAGCUCAUGCCAACCAUUGUUCAAAGAAGAAUCUCUGACUAUGAGGCAAAAGCUGCUGAGGUCGUGCAGCAAUCAAAUGUGAAUCUGCCUGCAUCAGAGGGCCAAAGUAACGUUGCUGAAAUUGUACCAGGGGACUUGGAAAAUUCUGUUAUCCCUAACCCACUGAAUCAGACUAACCCUGGCUCUCCCAACCAGAGUUAGUUACUUGCUCCCAGUGUCACCCGGCAGUAAUUCUUUCACUUACUCUUACGUGCACAGAUUGAGUGAUUCCUUCCAACUUCCAGCGAAUCAAACAGCAUCAGUGGGAGCUGAUGUGUAACAGAAAAUCGACAGAUCCAGCACAAUAUCUACACACUUGCCUGGCAUUUUAAACAGGUAGUUGGACUUGUGUUGACAGAAGCUGGAGCCACAGAUUUGGUGGAGUGUGAUGUGGAAUGGGCAAAACUGGGACUGACCACAACUAUUAGACAGUGACAAGACUGGAAACCAAAGGUCAUACUGACCAGAAUAGCCAGAGUGUUUCACAUUGGCUGUGAAAGUGAAAACGCAACUCCUGAAUGCUGAACUGUUAACAUCUUAAACCAAAAAGGAGCUCAGAGAGCCAAGGCAUGGAACUGAUUAAAGUUAGUUUCAUUGAAAA